AUGUCAAUAACAGUCAGCCAUGAAAUCACAACCAGCCAUGUCAUCACAACCAGCCAUGGCAACACAGCCAGCCAUGACAGACCAAACAGCUAUGACAUCACAACCAGUGUGGUAAACUGUCAAUAUGACAUCACAGCCAGCCAUGACAUCACAGCCAGCCAUGACAUCACAGCCAGCCAUGACAUCACUGCCAGCCAUGCCAUUACAGCCAGCUAUGAAAUCACAGUUGGUCAUGACAAACCAGCAAGCCAUGAUAUCACAAUCAGCCAAGACACAAGAGCCAACUAUGACAUCACAGCCAGCUACGACAAACCAGCUUGCUAUGACAUCACAGCCAGCCAUGACAUCACAGCCAGCCAUGACAAAACAGCCAACUGUGACAUCACAGCCAGCUACGACAAACCAGCUUGCUAUGACAUCACUGCCAGCCAUGACAUCACAGCCAGCCAUGACAAAACAGCCAACUGUGACAUCACAGCCAGCUGUGUGGUAAACUGUCAAUAUGAUAUAGCAGCCAGCCUUGACAUCACAGCAGCUCUGCCUUUAACAGUUGUACAAUAUUUUCUUAACAUGUGUUAA